AUGGCCACCCCCGCCUACGCCCUAGCCUGCUCACCCGGCAGCCCAUCGCCAGGCGCAUCAAACCCGCGCAAACGGCCCCGUCUCGACGUCGACAAUGACAACGACGACGACAACGGCAACGGCAACGGCCCACCCACGCCCCAGCCAGCACCAGCACCAGCAGCACCACCCACAACCACAACCACGAGCACCACCUUCGACUUCGAGCCCAACAACAACACCACCACAGCCAUAACCACCACAACCGACGCCCCCCUCAGCGACCACGACUUCAACCAGCUCCUCGCGGCCGCCGCCACCCCGCCCCCCUUCCAGACCGUCGACCCCAUGGCCCUAGCCGCCAUGCCCAGCAGCAGCAGCAACAACAACAGCCUCAACCUAACCAACCUCAACAGCCUCAACAACGGCAACAACAGCCUCAACAACCUCAACAGCAACGGCAACAGCAUCCCAGACUUCCCCCUCUUCGACGACGUCUGGCUCCCCCAAGAACACGCCGUGUUUGCGGACCUGGCCGCCUCGCCCCAGCCACCCGGCAGCCCGUGCGGGACUGUCCUCUCCGCGCCUGAUGCUGACGUUCUGGCUGAGCUGCAUGGCGAGUGGCAGGGGCUGGACUUGCUGGGUACGGGUGCGGGUGCGGGUGUAGGCGGCUUCGCUGCUGCGGGGCAGCAGAGAGGGCAUGUGGGCACUGCGCCCCAGCAGCAGCAGCGUUUCUCGAGCGACUACUUUGCGCUGGAACAAAGGCAGCAGCAUCACCAGCACCACCAGCAGCAGCCCUACACGCAGCACAUGCGCUCGCACAGCCAGCCCCCCGAGGACGUCGGCUUGCCGCCGCACCCUAAUUCACACUCCAACCAGAACCAGAACUCGAACCCCAACUCCAACUCCAACCCCCUCAGCAGCGGCAUAACCUUCCAGCGCACCUCCGGGCACUUCAUCGGCCGCCCACGCCCCGCGCGCCACCCUUACCCACGCUCGGCGCCGCAUCCGCUGCAUUUGCGGCAGCAGCAGCAGCAGCAGCAGCAACAGCAACAGCAACAGCAACAGCGCGCGCGCCCGCUCGUGCGGAACACCGCGGCGCAGGCACAGGCGCAAGGCAGGCGGGCAGCGGGCCCGACGUCUGCGCCUGCGCCGAUGAUGGGGCUUGAGCAGCGCCAGCACCAGCACCAGCACCAGCACCAGCACCAGCAGCAGAGGCGCGAGUUCGGGUCGCCGCUGCGCGCUGCGGGUGCGUCUGCGCCGGCUCGGCCGGGAACGCCGGGAACGCCGGGAACGCCGGGAACGCCGGAGGCGGUGGUGCCGGUGGGGCCUUUUGGGGGCGGUGUCGGUGGUGGUGGCCUCGUGCAGUCGUUACUUCUGCAGAAUCAACAGCAGCAGAAGACUGAUGCGCCAACACCGUCCCUGGCGACGGGCAUGUUUGCGCUGCUAGAGCGCAUGGCGCGCGGGAUUGACGAGGCGCGCACGAUGCUGUACCGGGGUGCUGGAGGGCUAGGGGUCGGGGAGGGGCAGGGCAGCGCCAGCGAGCUGCGUGUGGAGAUGCAGCGGACCGAGCAGCGCGCCCGCAACGCAGAGGUGACGGAGCUGGACGAGCCGCUCGCGGUGCUGCCGCUGGCUGGGUUGGGCGCGGUGCCCCGGAGCGGGCGGGCGGUAAGGGAACUGAGCCACGGCGCCGCCGACGCGCUGCUCCAGGCGUACGGCCUGCGCGGCGCAGACGACCUCUUCCUGCCGCACAAGCGGGAGCUGUACCUGCGGUUCGUGGGUGCCAGCCGCGCGCUGAUGCAUCGGGUGCUGGACGGGUGA